GGCUGAAUCCAUCGGGCUUGUGGGAGAGAAGCCCUAAUCCUGAUUACACAGAAGGGUUUCGGCAGCCAAUGCAGCACAGUGAUUACGUUCCUGGCGGUAAUUAUAUUAAAUGGUGGUUGAAACUGAUUCGCAAUCCAGGUGGGGUCUCCGAUGAGUAAAAGACUUCAGAUUUUGAUGGAAAAUGGCAGCAGGAUAGCAGGGC